CUUCGUGCUUUUACACACACAGAAAAAUAGUGGCUAUGGAAACCAUCAGCGACAUCAAUGGAUGAUCUGAUUCCGGUAUGGCUGCCUGUAUCUCUUUCCUUUUCCUCAUAUCCUGCUUUUGCAUGCUAUCUUCCCACGCAGCAAAUACCCUAUCUCUUGGGGAAUCGAUCAUGACAUGGCAAACCCUAACAUCAUCGGACGGUGGAAAUUUCACCCUGGGAUUCUUCCCUCUGGGGGAUUCCGCUAAUUGGUAUGUUGGUAUAUGGUACAGCAAGUUCCAGACACCAACACCAACCAUCGUCUGGGUCGCCAACCGAGAUAACCCGCUCACGGACUCCUCCGGACAUUUCACUCUCAACAAAGAUGGAAACCUUGCGGUUUUAGAUGGAAGCGGGAUGUCCCUCUGGCAGACGAACAUUUCAAUGCGUAGUCUUCCUGUUGCAGAGCUCACAAAUUCUGGAAAUCUCAUCUUGAGAGAUGGGAGUAGAGAUGUUUGGCAGAGCUUCGACUAUCCAACUGAUACAAUCCUCCCAGACAUGAAGAUUGGUGCGAACCAAACUUUUACAUCGUGGAAAAGCAGCGACGACCCGGGUUCUGGAAGCUUCUUGUUCCGUGUAGAUAACAACGGGCUCAUCAUCCGGCAGAACUCGAAAAUUUACUGGCGAAGCGGUGCCUGGAAUGGAAACUCCUUCAAUGGGAUGAAAGACGAAAGCGAGAGCUAUAUCUUACUUUUCAGCACCAACAGCAGCCAAGGAGAGCCGUAUUUCAUGUACUCUUCCCUGUAUAUCAAUACAAGGUUGGAACUGGACUCAUCAGGCAAUCUCCGGUUAUUCACGUGGCAUGUUUCAAAUUCAACCCAGAAAUGGCAGCUGCUCUGGUCUACAAUGGGAGAUCAGGUUUCUGAGGCCUGCGGAACGAAUGGUAUCUGUGACAACAACGGCUUGCCAGUAUAUAAGUGCUUGCCGGGUUUCAAGCCAUUGUCAGCAACGGAGUCGAAUUCAGGAAAUUGGUCAGGUGAGUGCAGGAGAAAGACACCAUUGAUAUGUGGUGAGAAUAGCGGAUUCUUGCCAGUGCCAGGCGUCUCUGUCUCCGGCGAAAUUGUGAGACAUGAAUGGAAUAGAACCUCCACGAGCAUAGACGAUUGCAAAGCAUUGUGCGUCCACAAUUGCAAUUGCAGUGCUUAUGCUUCCCUUAUCUCGAGCCGUCGUACUUAUACGUGUGGGAUUUGGGAAGGGGAUUUCGAGAACGUUACAGAAGCAAAAGAUCCAGAAUGGGAUUUUUACUUGCGCCUUCCACCUUCUGAAUUCAGAGGGCGUUGCGAAUACUGUGGCACCAACAUGGUUCAAUACCCUUUGGGUGCCGGAAAAGGAUGUGGCAAUCCUACUUAUGAUAGUGUCUACUGUAAUGAGUCCACUAGCCAGCUUCACUUCAAUGUGCUCAAUGGCUCCUAUGAAAUUACCAGCAUCAACUAUGAUACUCGAACAUUUGUGAUCAAACUAGAAGAUGCAGAUAUCUGUUCGAAAGGAGGUUCCCAAACCAAUGAUGUACAUUUGAAUAAUAGCCAACCCUUCAAAAUAUCCAAAAAAAAUACUAUCUUGUUGCGGGAUUGCUCAGCUUCCCAAAACUCAUCAUCCUUGAAUUGUACUUCUUCGAGUCCUUGCUAUCGAUACAUGGAAGAUGGAAGAGAGUCUUGUAAUAUUGAUUCACAGAAAUGUUGUAGCUAUGUCGCUGAUGGUCCGCCGUCAACAGUACUAUCCAUUGGCAUUUUAAAUACUGGGUGUGGUGCUUAUAUGAGCAUUGUUAAUGCUAAUUCAUCGUUACCCACAAGCACUUGGCAGAAGGGACUAGAAAUUGUUUGGGAUCCUCCAGCAGAGCCUUUAUGUUAUUCUGAAGAAGAUUGCGACAAUUGGCCUAAUUCAAAGUGCCGGCCUGAGAAGCCAGGAGCUGAAACGAAUAGGUGCAUUUGCAAUGAAAACUUUCAUUGGGAUCAGAGUGCAAAAUGCAUAGAAUCAGUAUUAGGGAAUGAUGCAAAUGGACAGAAGAAGAAGAGAGCUUUGGCCGUUACAGUCACAGUAACUGCUGUUAUGGGAAUAGCUUGCUUGGGCACAUUCAUUUAUUGUUUGUGGAGGAUUAACGUCAAGAAAAAAGCAAUAAUCAGGGAAAGAAUGCUUGGAAUGUCCUUGUUCCAAUUGGGUACAAAUGAUCCAGAUGAAACAGACAUCAGAGAAGAUGGAAAGAGAGGUUUGGAUAUACCGUUUGUUGAAUUUCGAACAAUAGUAGCUGCCACGGAGAACUUCUCAGAUUCAAAUAAGCUUGGACAAGGGGGCUUUGGUCCUGUAUACAAGGGUAAGCUACAUGGUGGACGAGAAAUAGCCGUUAAAAGACUUUCUAGGAGCUCUGGGCAAGGCCUAGAGGAGUUCAAGAAUGAGGUGAUAUUGAUUGCCAAACUUCAACAUAGGAAUCUCGUGAGGCUUUUAGGCUAUUGCAUCCAUGGAGAUGAAAAGAUGCUUCUCUACGAAUACAUGCCAAACAAAAGCCUGGACUUCUUUCUCUUUGAUCCAAAUCAAUGCAAGUUAUUAGACUGGGAAAAGCGUUUCACCAUCAUUUUGGGAGUUGCCCGAGGGCUCUUGUAUCUUCAUCAAGAUUCGCGGUUGAGAAUUAUUCACAGAGAUCUUAAGACCAGCAACAUACUUCUUGAUGAGGAGAUGAACCCUAAAAUUUCAGACUUUGGCCUGGCAAGGAUUUUCGGAUCAAAUCAAACUGAAGCAAGUACAAAUAGGGUGGUUGGAACAUAUGGCUAUAUGUCUCCCGAGUAUGCUCUAGACGGGCUUUUCUCUGUGAAAUCAGACGUCUUUAGCUUUGGGAUUAUACUACUUGAGAUCAUCAGCGGAAGGAAGAACACUGGUUUUUAUAAUUCUGAUCAGUCCUCGAGCCUUCUUGGACAUGCAUGGCAAUUGUGGAAGGAAGAUAAGGGGUUCGAUUUGAUGGAUCCAACACUAAUCGAAACAUGCAAUCGACAUGAAGUGUUGAAGUGCAUCCAUAUCGCUCUCUUAUGCACGCAAGAAGAUGCAACCAAUCGACCAUCUAUGGUUUUUGUUGUUGCAAUGCUUUUUAGUGAAAAUGCAACUCUUCCAAUGCCUAAGCAACUUGCUUUCUUCGCAAAAAGUCACUCCGAUACAAGCUCCUCUUCAAGUUGGCCAGAAACCCAUUCGAGAAAUGACCUAACGGUUUCAACAAUUGGAGGAAGAUACGUUGGUGUUGGAAAAUGUUGGAGGAAAGAUAGUUUUGCGCCAUGUGUAAUGAAAGAGAAGCUAUGGGUAUUGCAGAAUAAGCUAAUGGCAAGAACCAGAAGCAUUCAUGGAUGGUAUCUCUCUUCUACCACUGCAAUCUUCUUCUUCUUCAUACCAUGUAUAUGCCUGCUAUCUUUAGCCAGGGCAGCAGACACCUUAUCUCCUUCCAACUCGAUUAGGGAUGGAGAUACCCUUGUUUCAGCAAACAAGAUAUUUGAACUAGGAUUUUUCAGUCCCGGCAAAUCCAAAAACCGUUACGUUGGAAUACAGUACAAAAAUAUUACAUUCGGCCACACCAACGUUGUUUGGGUCGCCAACAGAGAAAACCCAAUUGCAGAUUCCUCCGGAAUUUUAGCCAUCGGAGAUGACGGAAAUCUUGUGGUUUUGGAUGGAAGCAGAAACGUUCAUUGGUCAUCUAAUGCAUCUACUCCAUCGAAUAAUUCCAUUGCAGUGCUGCAGAAUAACGGGAAUCUCGCCUUGAGAGAAGGAAAUUCUAACAGCCCCGAUAGAAUUCUAUGGGAGAGCUUCGACGAUCCAUCCGAUACGUUGCUUCCGGGUAUGAAGAUUGGCAUCAAUCUCACAACAGGAAAGACCCGAAUGCUCAGAUCAUGGAAAAGCGACAGUGACCCAGCAAAAGGAAGUUACGCCUUCGGAAUCGAUCCUCAAGCACUAAACCAGUUCUUUAUCUGGCGGAGAUCGAUUCCAUACUGGAGGGUGAUCUUCUGGAACGGGAGUAACUUCGAGAGUGGCUCAAAUCCAUGGAGCACGCCCCUCAACUACAGUGUCAUCAGCACGAAAGACGAGGUCUAUUUCGUUUAUUUCUUCUUUCCUGGUACAUACACAAGGAAUGUGAAGCUGGUGAUGAAAUCAUCCGGCGCACUUGAGAGCCACUACACAUACCGUAGUGGCAGCUCCUCGUAUGAUUAUUGGGCCGGGAGGGAUCUUUCCCGUCAGUGCAGCGGCCGUGAUGCUUGUGGACCUAACAGUAUCUGCGACGAGAGCAGAGAGCCGAUGUGCAAGUGCUUGCCGGGGUUCCAACCGAAAUCAUCCGCAGCUUGGAAUUCUGGAAUUUCACAAGAUGGGUGUACGGCCGAGUUGAAGUGUGGGGCUGAAGACGGAUUCUUGCCUCUGAAGAGGGUGAAGGUGGCCGAUUAUACAAUGACCAUCAUGACAGGUCAAAAUGCAACGAUAUGCAGGGAGCAAUGCGAUAUUCGUGGUUGCACGUGCAGCGCGUAUGCUGUCAUGAUUGAGAACGGACGCAGUGUUUGUCGGCUUUGGACUAUAGAAAAGUUGAAUCUCCAGGAGGAGGACGACGAUGGAUCUGCGGUCGACCUUAUUAAUGUUCGAGUUCCGGCUUCUGAAUUGAGUCUUAGAAGAAGACGGUGCGAAACCUGUGGUACAAACUCCAUUCCUUAUCCUCUAAGCACCGGACCCAACUGCGGCGAUCCAGCCUACAACAGCUUCCACUGCAAUAACUCCAGCGGAGAGCUUCGCUUCCAAGCACUCGAUGGCUCAUCUUAUGUAAUUAGCAGCAUCAAUCCAAUCACUCGGACAUUCGUGAUCAAACCAGAAGGCGUGGAUCUCUGUUGGGCUCGGAGUUCAACACGAGGCGAUAUACAUUUGAAUAGCAGCCUACCAUUUCAUGUUACCAGCAGUAACACUAUUCUAUUGCUAAAUUGUUCUUCAACUCCGAAACACUUGUCACCUUUGAAUUGCAGCUCUUCUAGUCCAUGCCAUAGUUACAUACAGGAAGGAAGAGCACCGUGUUUUUAUUCGGAGAGGUGUUGCAGUUACAUCACUAGAGAUUUGAAGUCAUCGACAUUGCAUAAGAUUGGUGUUUCAGGCACCAGUUGCAGCGCUUAUUCUAGCAUUUUCAAUUUAAGUUCAUCUGUGGAAGUAGACAGAUGGCAAGAGGGAGUUGAGAUUGAAUGGGAUGAGCCACCAGAGCCAGUGUGCGAAUCGUUGGAGGACUGUGAUGCUUGGCCAAAUUCAUCUUGUAAGGCAGAGGUUGGAAGGAAAAGGUGCCAUUGCAAUGAAAGUUUCCUGUGGGAUCCAUUAGCUAUGAAUUGCACGAAUGGUAAGUGGCAUGAGAAGAAACGGUUGGUAGUUAUCUCAACAACAUCUGUUUCUAUAGGAAUUCUUUUGUCUGUGACACUUAUCUAUGGAUUGUGGAGGAAGAACAAGAGAAAAGGGAAUAGAAAAAGGAUAUUUAACAUGUCAUUUAAUCGUUUGGGUGCAAGCUUCAAUGCCAAUGAAUUAUUAGAUGUGGCUAAUGGAAAAGAUGGCCUGGAUAUACCAUUUAUCAGUUUUGAAUGGAUAGUAGAUGCAACAGAGAACUUUUCAGAUUCGAAUAAGCUUGGAAGAGGGGGAUUUGGGCCCGUAUACAAGGGUAAGCUUCCAGGUGGACAAGAAAUAGCUGUGAAAAGACUAUCUAAAAGUUCCGGACAAGGCUUAGAAGAGUUCAAGAAUGAGGUUUUACUCAUUGCUAAACUUCAACACAGGAAUUUGGUUAGGAUCUUAGGCUAUUGCAUUGAAAGAGAUGAAAAGAUGCUGAUCUAUGAAUACAUGCCCAAUAAAAGCUUAGAUUUCUUUCUCUUUGAUCAAAAUCGAUGUACAUUGUUAGAUUGGGAGAAGCGCUUCAACAUCAUUUUGGGAAUUACUCGAGGACUUCUUUAUCUUCAUCAAGAUUCAAGGCUGAGAAUCAUUCAUAGAGAUCUAAAAACUAGCAACAUUCUUCUAGACAAGGAUAUGAACCCUAAAAUUUCAGACUUCGGAAUGGCGAGGAUAUUUGGAGGAAAUCAGACUCAAGAAAAUACCAAUCGAGUGGUCGGAACAUAUGGAUACAUGUCUCCUGAGUAUGCUGCAGAUGGGCUUUUCUCCGUGAAAUCCGAUGUCUUCAGCUUUGGAAUCAUACUACUUGAGAUUGUCAGUGGAAAAAAGAAUUCCGGUUUUUAUAACUAUGACGAUGCUUCUAGCCUUACAGGACAUGCAUGGAAAUUGUGGAGGGAAGAAAGAGGAUUGGAUUUGGUGGAUCCAUCACUACGUGAGAAAUGCAAUGCAACCCAAGUUUUAAAGUGCAUGCAUUUAGGGCUUUUGUGCGUUCAAGAAAGGGCCAUGGAUCGACCGACCAUGGCUUCCGUACUUGUCAUGCUUGAUAGCGAGACGGCGAGUCUUCCAGCACCAAAACAACCAGCUUUCUUUGUAGGGCACAUCCCAAUCCCCACUGAAAACUCUUCUGCCAGUGACCAACGAAGUUGCUCCAAGAAUGAGGUUACAAUAUCCACCCUAGACGGUAGAUAGGUUGAAAAGCUUCAAGGUAUUGUAUGCCAAGGAUUUUGAGAAUUUAUCUACACCAAUUCAUGCCUUA